CGAAGUAAACUCCGCCAAAAUGUCUCUCAACACCCCUGCCGUUUUGUGAGGGUCUCUAAAUUUACACAACAUUUCCGUCUUCAUACAAACCAACAACAUUUGGCCAGCACAUAAUCUGUCUCAUUCUCAAACUACACAGUUAAUUCAUUUUAGGAAAAAGAUCAGAUAAACACUCAAAAUAGUCUCAACAACCAUUAAACAAAUAAAAUCAGAUAAAAUUGUGGGUCCUAUAGUAUGCAUAUGUGGUGAAGGAAGGUUCAUGAGAAAGUCCGUCACUUGAGCCUGCAAUACAGAUAACAACGAAAAAGGUUCAUGCUUAUGAUUAAGACACUCUUUACCACGACAUUUAAGUUCUCCUCCUACAUAUAUGCUUCAUCGCUCAUUGCCUCCUCCUACACGGAUCGACAACAUGAAUCUAAGUGAGAGCCCAACUACUCGCCACAACCUUUCUCGCCAAUCAUCGAAAUCCAAAAGUGGUGGAUGUUGUCGAGGCUUCAGCAGCGUCAGAACCGUGUCAUCCACCGCACCAACCUUGCAACACCAUCACCUUCAGCAGCUUUACCAAAAAUUGGAACUAAAGGUGGCAGGUUUGGAAAAAGAGGUGCAGAGGCAGACAGAACUGCGCGUUAUGUACAGGAAAAGAAUGGAAAAGACGCAGGAUUACUUGAAAUACUGUCUCCAAAUAGCACAGCAAAAUGGAAUCUUGGACCUCAUUAUCCACUCAAACGGUGAAGUCUCGCAAUCUUCCAUUUCUUCUCCACGUGCACUCAACUCCACUCUCACUCCUUCGCACAACCAUCCCAACCUGAUACCCAUCGUUGAUCAAGCCAAAAUCAAUGGAUGGUUCAUCAACCCCAGUGAGUUUUGCAGUGAUGAACAGAUCCAGCUGGGAGAAAAAAUAGGGCAGGGAACCACGGCGGAGAUUCACAGAGGGACGUGGCGCGGAUUUGAUGUGGCGGUGAAGUGCAUGUCCGAUUCAUUCUUCAGCAAAAACGAAAACGGCGUCAUAUUCUUCGCUCAGGAGGUUGAAACCCUCUCGAAGCAGCGUCACCGGUUUGUGCUUGACCUCAUGGGUGCGUGUCUGGACCCUCCGCAUCAUGCAUGGGUGGUUACCGAGUAUCUGAACACCACGCUCAAGGAGUGGCUACAUGGGCCGGGGAAAAGGCCCAAACACAGAACCACCCCACUUCCUCCCUUGAAAGAGAGGGUGAUGCGGGCCCUGGAAAUAGCCCAAGGCAUGCAGUACCUCCACGAACAAAAGCCCAAGGUCAUUCAUCGGGACUUGAAGCCCAGCAACAUCUUCUUGGACGAUGCGCUGCAUGUGAGAGUUGCGGAUUUUGGUCACGCGCGGUUCUUGGAUGAUGACGAAAUGGCCCUCACCGGAGAAACAGGAACGUACGUGUACAUGGCACCGGAGGUAAUUCGGUGCGAGCCCUAUGAUGAAAAAUGUGAUGUAUACAGUUUUGGGAUCAUACUCAACGAGUUACUCACCGGAAACUACCCUUAUAUUGAGACACAACUUGGUCCCGCCAAGAUUGCUAUGGAAGUUGUGGAGGAUGAGCUAAGGCCUUUACUUGCAUCAAAGGACGAUGGUGAGGAAAUGGAAGAACUGAUUGACCUAAUAUGCCUUUGCUGGAAUGCAAGCCCAUCCACUCGACCAUCCUUUGCAACAAUUAGUCAUACCCUCAAAUCUUAUGUUGAGAGCCUCCUUCAAAUUUCAAAUUAAUGUAUCAAAUAUCAAAUCAACUAUAUCUUCAUUGAAAAAGGAAUAUAACUGAGUGUUUUCAUGUUUGAUUCACUGUUCAUUAUUG